UUAAAAAUAGGUCAACAUGAACUACUUCCGGUCACAGGCUCCACCCAUCGUUCAUGGAUGGCGCACAUCUCCUUUACUGGACCAGAACCUGCAGUCUCCCAUGCCUCUCAGAAGGAGGCGCUUCUUCAGCGUUUCGCCGAAUAAUGGUGGAAUAAAAUAAAACUCGGUGGUUCUGUUUGGACUUUGCUGGGUAAAUGGAGAACCGACAGCAGAUGAAAGAAGUCGUCCAGCGCUGCAUAGACUCGAUGAAGGAGCAGCUCCACAGCCUGAGCCGGGACAUUUGGACCCGACCCGAACUCGCCGGCGAGGAAGUGAACGCGCACGACACGCUGGUGCGCUUCUUCUCCCAGCAGGAGCGCGCAUGGACGGUCCAAAGCCGCUACAAGCUGCCGACGGCCUUCCGGGCCAGCUGGGGUCCAGCCGGUGCCGGGGAACCCAGGGGCCCCGCGCUCAACGUGGGCUUCCUGUGCGAGUAUGACGCGCUGCCGGAGAUCGGCCACGCGUGCGGACACAACCUGAUGGCGGAGGUGGGCGCUGCAGCCGCGGUGGGGCUGAGAGCCGCAGUGGAGGGCCAGCCAGAGCUGCCGGUCCCAGUGGAGAUAACCGUUCUGGGAACUCCCGCUGAGGAGGCGAUCGGAGGAAAGAUCGACCUGAUCCAAGCAGGGGCUUUCACCGAUCUAGACCUCGUCUUCAUGGCUCACCCGGCUCAGCAGGACGCCUCCUUCCUUCCCACCGUCACAAUAGCCGAGGUGGCGGUGAAGUACCACGGGAAGGCGUCCCACGCUGCUGCGUAUCCGUGGGAGGGGGUGAACGCUCUGGAUGCCGCUGUGCUGGCGUACAGCAACCUCUCCGUCCUCAGACAGCAGCUUAAGCCUGACUGGAGACUUCAUGGCAUCAUCAAACACGGAGGGGUGAAGCCCAACAUCAUCCCCGCCUACUCUGAGCUGGAGUUUUAUCUGCGAACGCCUCGGCUCCGUGACCUCGGGGAGCUGCAGGCCAAAGCGGAGGCCUGCUUCAGAGCUGCAGCUCUGGCCACGGGCUGCCAGGUGGAGAUAAUCUACCCGGCCCAUACCUACUCUAACAUUCUGCCUAAUAACACGCUGGCACACCUGUAUGAAAGCAAUGGAAAAGCUUUGGGGAUGUCGUUUCCUGAGCAGCCAGCCAGCUUCUCUGGUUCCACGGACUUUGGCAACGUUUCCUUCAUAGUGCCCGGGAUCCACCCGUUCUUCUACAUCGGCACUGAUGCAUUAAACCACACAGAGGAAUACGCCGAAGCAGCAGGAGCCGAGGAGGCCCAGUUGCACGCCCUGAGGGCAGCCAAGGCUCUGGCAAUGACAGCUGUGGAUGUGGUGUGCUGCCCGGAUCUGUUGCAGCGAGUGAGGGAGGACUUCAGGAUGGCCAAACUGAGAGAGGAGAAGUGACCAGAGGCCAGACAAACAGCUCUGAGAGACGCACAAACUCGCAGAGCUGGACCGAAGACGGAUUUUUUGUUGGUUUGCAUUCAAUGUAAAAACAAGCGUUUAAUGUGGAAAAUUGCACUAAUGGUGUGUUGUGAAAGGUACAUGUAAGACUUUUUAAUGCAUUCUAUAUGAUCAGCACGUCCAGCACAAGUGGCGUAAAUGGGUGAAGGUUUACAGAUAAAAAAGCUAAAAGUGUGACGAGUUCUUCAUCUUUCACCCCGUUUACAGUGAAUAAAAUUCAGCAUAACAAAUUUAUAUUUGAACCUCGGUA